AUGGCCACAACGAUCUCGCUUAAUCGACUCCUCAAUCGUCUAGAUCAAAACCUCUCCGACCCCGAAUCAGACUAUCGACUCCAACACUCGCAGUACGAACGCAGUCGCGUCGCAGCCAACAUCGAACAUGCCCGCGCAAUGCUCCUCACGCUAGAAAAGCAAUCCGCAACCGUCAAAGUCCAACUCGAGCGACAAAAGUUACAAGCGGAUCUCCAAGCAAAGAGAGAGGUGAUCAAGCGAUUGAAUGCGAAAUUGAGAGAGUUGAACGACACCGCGGCAGACGAGGAUGAAGACGAAGACGACGACGAAGAACAAGGAGGCGAAAAUGUCCUCAACACGUAUGCGCCCGCGCGUGAAGAUGCGGAUGCAGGCAUUGAAUCCGGACAUCUGCAAGAGAAGAGAAUAGACGAGACGCAGGCGCAAGAACUUCGCUCGAGGAAAGCGCCCCUACAAGCGAGCGACAAUCGCUCGGCAGCGUCGACGACAGCACGCGAUCAACUCUUCUCCCAGCGCCCCAAAGAACCACCUCCCUCUUCUAGUCUCCCACAAACCGAAACUCUCAUGUCUCAUAACCGCACCGAGCAAGAGAAUCUCACAACCGGCUUACUGGGUCUCGCGCAAGCGUUGAAGGAGAGCUCGAUUACGUUUGGGCAGUCCUUGGAAUCCGAGAAGGAGGUUAUGAAGCGUGCGGAGGGAGGCUUGGAUAAGAACGCACAGGGGAUGCAAGCUGCGGAGAAGAAGAUGGGGACUUUGAGGAGGAUGAGCGAAGGCCAGGGGUGGUGGGGACGGUUGAAGUUGUACGGGUUCAUCUUUGGGUUGUGGGUCGCUUGUUUUUUGUUGGUAUUCCUCGGCCCCAAGUUGAGGUUUUAG